AUGGGGCCCGCGAGAAGGACGUAUUCCGAAUAUUUGUCGGCCAGCGAGGAAUUGCUGGAGGAGCGCGAGUUGUCGGCGGAGAGUGAGAGCCCGACGAACUCCCUAAAAUCGCGAACAUCCCUCCUCCGUAAAACCAACACUAUCGAGCCAUGCACUUGGCUGCCCUUCUUCCUCGCCGCCCUUCUCAUAUUUAUUUUUACCGCCACCGUAAUGUUUGUUGUAUUGCUGAUGGUUAAUACAAGGGAUGUUGAAGAUUAUCAGAUGCCUAAUUCAUCAUUAUUAUGGCAAGAUAAUCAAGAGCUCUCCGAAUUAUCCAAAGCGCUGCAACGGUCUUUUAACGCUUCCGAAAUCUUAUCCAGCCUAAAAUACCUGGCUCAAGGGAUUCAUAUCGCCGGAACUAGAGAUAAUGCCUAUGUGAUGAAGUGGAUUGCGGAAAAGUACGAAUCAUUUGGAAUCCCGGUGAAACUGUACAACUACACCGUACUACUUAACUAUCCAAACUUUAUGAAGCCAAAUACAAUUCAUCUGAAAAACGAAAAUACCGAUGAGUGGCAACUUCUGAGCGACGGGUUGGCAAGAGCAGUAGCUGCAGAGAAAAUCAGGGAUCAGCAAAUCGACCGGCGUGGUAUGUUGUGGUGGAAUGCAUAUUCUGGGAAUGGGUCCUUCGAGGGGCGGAUCGUGUAUGUUAAUUACGGGUUUAAGAAGGAUUUCGACACCUUGAAACAGCGCGGUAUCGACAUUAAUGGCUGUAUAGCUUUGAUACGAUUAGGUGCGCUAAGCCGCUCGGAGAAGGUGCGCGAAGCGGAAAAAGCCGGGGCGGGAGGAGUUAUAUUCUUUUCUGAUCCACUUCAUCACGCUUCUGUGGAUCCUAACUUGAAUUUUCCGAACGAUACCUUACUGCCCGGAAGUGAUGCCCAGCGAGGAAGCCUGCUAGGUACUGUAGGAGAUCCCGAAACUCCAGGAUUGCCAUCCCUACCUUAUGUGUCCCGUUAUGAAACGAUUGACGGUAUGCGGGAGAAGGGCUUUAUUCCAACAAUACCGGUGAUGCCAAUCGGAUAUGAGGAUGCUACAAGAAUCAUGCACUCGCUAAAUGGUGGACCGGUUAUGGAACCUUCCUGGCAUGGAGGGCUCGACACAACCUAUCGCUACACUGGAAGUCAUCUAUUUAGGCUGACAGUACACUCAAGCCAUGUCCAUCGUACCAUCACAAAUGUUGUCGCGACCAUUAAAGGGAUGGAAGAGCCAGACCGUUGGGUGAUGGCCGGAAAUCAUGCGGAUGCUUGGACUUAUGGUGCCAUCGAUCCCCUUUCCGGAACCGCCACAAUGAUUGACAUGGCCAAGGCUUUUUCUAGGCUUCCACCACCUAGAAGAACCAUUGUUUUCUGCCACUUCGACGCAGAAGAAUUUGGCCUUAUCGGGAGUACGGAAUAUCUGGAGGAGUUUGCUAACGUACUUGCAACUCGUGCGGUAGCCUACAUAAAUGUGGAUCACAUCCCGGGCAAUGCUACUGUAGAUGCUAGAAGCGUCCCACUGCUAUAUCGACUGUUAGCUGAUGCUUCAUCUAGGGUACCGCAACAAAACAGCAAAGAGCUCGCUUCUGGAAAAGAGACGUUGUUUGACUCCUGGAUCAACUAUAGCCCAUCCCAAAGUGUCUACAAUGGAGAUAGAAGCAUUCCGGAAAUCGCCCCUCCCACGCUGGGUAGUGAUUAUCAGCGCUUCAUUUCCUACCUCGGAGUCCCGGUGGCUGAUCUGAAAAUGGAGAGCCCACCCGCGAAGUCUUAUUCCCUCUACCAUACUAUGCAUGAUAUCCCCUAUUUGGUUGACUUGCUACACCCAGAAGGAAAAGCUCUAGUUUCGAUGGGCCAGAUGUGGGCGGAAACAGUAUUUAGAUUGGCGAAUGACUUGAUUAUUCCAUUGAAUGUCAUGGACUAUUCGAGAGCUCUACAAAGCAUGAAGGCAAAGACUUUUCAAUUUUUGCGGAAAAUUGCACCGUUUAAGAACUUUGAUCCGAUCACCACAAGUAUGGAGAAUUUGGAUGAUGCUUUGCAGAGGUUGGCAACAAUCGCGAAUUGGUUGGAGGUAGUGGUGGCGGACGUCAGCCACGGUACUCGCGGACUGACACCAAUCCAGGUGGAACAGCUCAAUUCUCGGAUCACACAAUUCGAAAGAGUAUUCUUGGAUCCCCUGGCCCAAUCACCCCUUCACAAACAUCUUCUCUAUUCACCAGCCAAAUACCCUGUGCCGUCUGGCGUCUUCACAGUCAUAUCCGACCUCGCCAUUCAGCUUCUUCAUGAAAAGGACUCUUUGAAUAGGACCAGCAUUUACAAGGCAAUCCUUCAUGCCGUCAGUCGCCUGCAAUAUUCCGUCGAAAAAGCAAUUCACCUCUUCGAUAUCGACAACACCGGGUUC